UUUUGUUGUGUUUGUAAAUUGCAGUUUUACAUAAAAAUAACUACUUAUUUAUUUUUUAUUUUUAUUUUUUUAUAAUUCUUAUCAGUUUCAGUUAGAAUCAUGCUUUUACAAUGAUUAUACAGUAUGACUGUAUGACAUCACCCUUUUUCUGUUUCACAUUCUUGCUUAAUUGAGACCCUACAAAUUUGAUGCUCUGAAGUUUCGGUAGUUUAUUUCAAAUGAAAUGCUAGCUGCUGCCUGUUGCUACUGCUUAAUAAUUUGUUAUGUAAAUUGAUAUCCUGGCUUUUAAGAUGGCUAGUUGGGAGGAAACUUUGGCUCAGUUGGCAGCAUUAUCUCCGCUACUUGAAAAUCUAAAUAUAUCAUCGGAGUGUUUCGAAAAAAACAAUCGGAAACCAAAGAAAAAAGAAGAUCCGGCCGGAACUUCAGCCUCAAAAAACUCAUUUUUGAAAGCCAUUGAAAGAGCCGGAAAUCAUUCGCUUAACUCUGGAUCCACUUUGGACAUCGACAAAAAUAAAAAUGAAGCUUCAUCUAAUCAAUUUCAAUUGCCACAACCGAAACAAAUAUUCAUAGAUCAUUCAAUUUUGCAACUCAACAAUGAGCCAAUUGUUAACGUCCUCAAGUACAAAAUUGUAGAAAACGGCUCUAAAAAAUUCAAGAAAAUCUCUGCUCGAUUUCCUCCUAGCUUGAGCGUCUUAAAAAUAAGAGAAGUACAGAAUCCGUUUUUAAAAAAGUCUUUUCAGCUGACGCAACACUUUAAAUAUUCGAAUUUGCAACCUAUGCAGCUAUUUCACGGCACGAAAAGCAAAUAUGUGAAAAGUAUUUGCAGCGACAAUUUCAAUUGGCGAUUCACCGGACUCGAAAGGGGUCACAAAAAUGGCAAAGGCGUCAAUUUUACUCCCAAGCCUUUAUUUGCUGAACGAUUUUGUGAUAGAGAUGAUGCCAAUUUAAAAGUUAUGAUAUUAGCAGACGUUUUAGUGAAAAAUAAAUGCUUGGGUGAUGAAAAUUUAGCUGUGCCUCCUCCAGGUUACGAUACUGCUAUCAGGAAAGAUAGUAUUGUUUUUGUUAAGUUUUCCGAUGCAGAGUUUUAUCCUAAAUACAUAAUAUAUUUUAAAAAAGUAAAAAAAAAUCCGCAGUGAUUUCAUUGCGCAUAUUUUUUUGGACUUCUUUGAGUACAGGGCUGGGAUCACUACAACUAGAAUUCUAUCAGAAUAUGACGUCAGGUUGCCUAGCAACCGUAAUCAUUUCCUGUACUGUACGCGAUAAAUAGGUCGCGGGUGACGUCAUAAAAGUAGAAUUCUACUUGUGAUGAUCCCAGCCCAAGGUUAGUAUUAAGGCUCGUUUAGAGCUUUUGUAACGUAAGUUUUAAAAAGUAAGCCGUAAAACUUACACAUAAAACUUGAGACACUCAGAAAUAAAACAACAACAAAAUGUGACUAAAAGUCAGUUUCUUGGUUGGCUGCUUACGGAACCUCGCGAUCCUUAACGAGAAUUUAAGUCGUAACGGUUGCACUAUGAAUUGUCCAUAUUGAUUUACAUUUGUUUAUUUUUCUUCAGUCUUUAGUCUUACGUUACGGAAGCUUUAAAUGUAGCUUUACAUGAUACUACUCGCUAAAUUUUUAGAUUUUUAAUUUGUUUUGAAAUAUUUAUCUUUUUUUAUAUUUUAAGCUACACAUACCUACUUGGUUAUUGUUUGUGAAAUUAAUGUAUUGUUUUUAUUAUAGCUUUAUUUGUUUUCUGUUUUCUUAACCUAAUAUAUAUAAUUAUAUAAAUAAGACUUUUGUUGAUUAUGUUUAUUAUGCUUUUUAUGUGACGUUGCUUUGUGAUUAUAUAAGUAGGUAUACCAUUUAGUUGACAAUAA